CUAACAAAACCCCAAGCUCGACCCGACCCGAAAUUCUCCACCUUCACGUUCGUUCUCUCUGAGCCACCGAUAGGGGCUUGGGAGAUUCUAGUUUCAGAAACCCUAAUUUUAGAGAGCAAAAAGACACAACCAAUCCUAGAGGCAAAACCUUUAGGCAAUGGGGAAGGUAAAGGGUAAGCAUCGUUUGGACAAGUACUACCAUUUAGCCAAAGAGCACGGCUAUCGAUCCCGAGCUUCAUGGAAGCUGGUUCAGCUCGACACCAAGUACAGCUUCCUUCGCUCAUCCCGAGCGGUUCUCGACCUCUGCGCCGCACCUGGUGGUUGGAUGCAGGUUGCAGUCCAGCGAGUUCCCGUCGGCAGCCUCGUCGUCGGCAUCGACUUGGAGAAAAUUACCCCAAUCCGCGGUGCCAUAGCCCUACAGCAGGACAUCACAAAGCCUGAAUGUAGGGCGAAGAUCAAGCGGCUUAUGAGCGAGCAUGGAUGUGUAGCUUUCGAUUUGGUGCUCCAUGACGGGUCGCCCCAUGUUGGUGGUGCUUGGGCGCAGGAAGCCAUGAGUCAGAACGCCUUGGUCAUCGAUGCUGUGAAGUUGGCUACUCAGUUCUUGGCUCCUAAGGGCACUUUUGUUACAAAAGUCUUCAGGUCACAGGACUAUGAUUCUGUCAAAUAUUGCAUGAGCAAGUUAUUUGAGAAGGUUGUGGUGGAUAAACCAGCAGCCAGUCGUUCUGCAUCCGCUGAGAUAUAUAUUUUGGGUUUUAAGUACACAGCCCCUGCAAAGAUUGAUCCACGCCUUCUUGAUGUGAAGCAUCUAUUUCAAGGAUCUAUAGAGCCCCCAAGAAAGGUGGUGGAUGUACUUAGAGGAACAAAGCAAAAAAGGCAUCGUGAUGGCUAUGAAGAUGGAGACACAACUUUGAGGAAAGUGUCCACAGCUGCAGAAUUCGUUUGGUCUGGUACUCCUCUUGACAUCCUUGGUUCUGUUACUUCUAUCAUGUUUGAUGAUCAGGAUUCUUUGCCCUUAAAAGAUCAUGAUUCAACGACAGAAGAGAUUAAAACUCUUUGUGAUGAUCUCCGUGUUCUGGGGAAGCAAGACUUUAAGCAUCUUCUAAAGUGGCGGAUACAGAUAAGAAAGGCAUUGUCUUCUUCACAGAAGGUUGAAUCUACCACUGCUAGAGAUGUUGAAGAUGAGGAUAAGGUGGAUGAAGAUGAUCGAAUACUAAAUGAAAUGGAAGAGAUGGCAAAUGCCAUGCAGCGCAAGAGUAAACGAGAAAAAAAGCUAAUUGCAAAGAGAAGAGCCAAGGACAAGGCACGGAAGGCGACAGGGAUGCAAACAGAUGCAACAGAUGAUGGGUAUAUUGACCAUGAGCUGUUUUCUUUAUCUUCCAUCAAGGGUAAGAAAGAUCUUAUAGCUGUUGAUUCCAAUGAAUAUGAUGAUGAGAAUGGUCACCUGGGUGAUAGUGAAAAUGAAGAAACCCACAGGGCAACAGAAGAAGAUUCAUCUAGUGAUUUAGACUCGGAUGAAGAACGUAGAAGAUAUGAUGAAAAAAUAGAAGAGUUUCUUGAUACGGCUUAUGAACAUUUUGUGACAAAAAAGGAAGGAAGUACUAAACAGCGGAAGCGUGCAAAACAAUUGCGAUCUGAAGAUGACCAACUACUAGAGGGUGGCAGCGAUGAUGAGAUAAUGCAGUCUGAAUAUGAAUCAGACAAAGACCAUGGUGAUGAGGAAGGGAAUCCUCUCAUGGUACCACUUGAUGAUGGGGAAAAGCCAACAGAAGAUGAGAUUACAAACAAGUGGUUUAGUCAGGACAUUUUUGCUGAAGCUGUGGAGGAUGGGGAUUUGGAUAAGUUCAACAGCGAAGAUGAAAUGGAAAUUGACAGGAAACAGGAGAAACAUCAAUUGCCAGAAAAGGCCAAGGAAAAGGCAGCAAACCAUGCUGUGGUACCAAAUCAGCUUCGACAACAAACUUCCAAGGCAGAUGAAGAUUUUGAGGUUGUCCCUGCUCCGGAUACAGAUUCAAGUGACUCAUCCUCAGAUGAAGAUGUGGAGACAAAAGCUGAAAUACUUGCUUGUGCGAAGAAAAUGCUGAGGAAAAAGCAGAGGGAGCAGAUACUUGAUGAUGCCUAUAAUAGGUACAUGUUUGAUGAUGAUGGAUUACCACAGUGGUUUUUGGAGGAAGAAAAGAGACAUCGCCAGCCAAUUAAGCCUGUGACCAAAGAAGAGGUUGCCGCUAUGAGAGCACAGUUUAAAGAAAUUAACGCCCGGCCUGCAAAGAAAGUGGCUGAGGCAAAGGCUAGGAAAAAGCGGGUUGCCAUGAAGAAGCUCGAGAAAAUUCGGAAGAAGGCAAACAUAAUAGCAGACCAGACAGACAUUUCUGAUCGAUCAAAGAGCAAGCAAAUUGAACAGCUAUAUAAGAAGGCUACACCUAAAAGGCCUCAAAAGGAGUAUGUGGUUGCAAAGAAGGGAGUCAAAGUGAGGGUUGGCAAGGGCAAAGUCCUUGUUGAUCGGCGAAUGAAAAAGGAUGCGAGGACUCACGGUGGUGCAGGUAAACCAGGAAAAGGAAAUUCAAAGAAGGGAAAGAAUGCCAAGGCUCAGAAAGGUAAAGGAUCUGCAAAAGCUUCAGCAAAGGGAAAAAAAGGUCGCAGAGGAAAGAUGGGCAUGAACGAAUAAACCCAUUGAUGAGUUCAAAGAUUAGAUGUUAAUUUAUGGAUUUAUUAUCUAUUGUGAUUCACCACAAUACGGCUUUUUUAUGAGGCAAAAUUUGCUAUGAAUUUUGAGUUGCGUUUUAAGGAAUUCUGAUUCUGAACA